GAAUCGAUAACUAACGUUAAAUUGAUAGCUCCUUACACAGCAUGCAGGUACUGGCUACCUAGUGUCUUUCAGCACCAGUCUAGAAAUCCUUCGGGGAGGCUAUGUAGCUAUAGCUAAAUCCAUCUCCCAGGUGGCAGGGUAAUGUAUUUUCCAUUCAGCCGACUGGCUAGACAAGUGUAUUCUUUUAAACCAAUUAGCCAGCUGAACAGAGCAAUAAACUAUUAGUGGGAGAGCUGUGCCCACAGACAGAGUUUAGGUUUGGUAUGCAUGCGUCUCUUCCCUCAGUUUAACAGAUGGAGAAAAAAUGGAAAGCAUUCCAUCUUGAGAAGAGACAGACACACCGUGAGCUCACUAGUAUGGCGUCAGAAGGCCAGCGUUGUGCCUGCUGCGCCCAAAAUCUGGCAACUCCCAGCGCCCAUCAAACCCUGGAUGAAAUGGACUUUGAAAGAGGUAUCUGGGCUGCUGCUCUGAACGGUGACCUGGAAAGGGUUAAGUCGCUUCUCCAAAAGGGGACAAGCCCUAAUGUGAGGGAUCAGGCGGGCUACACUGCUCUGCACUAUGCCAGUCGGGCUGGGAACGAGGCAGUGUGUGAGCUGCUGCUCGAUGGGGGAGCAUGCGCCAAUCCACAGACCCGGGGCGGGGCCACCCCUCUACACCGCUCCGCCUACUGCGGACACCUGGGAGUGGUCAAAUUGCUCCUGGACCACGGUGCAGAUCCCCUGUUGUGUGAUGAUGAUGGCUCCUCCCCCUUGCACAAGGCUGCAGAGCAGGGCCAGGCGGAGGUGUGUGAACUGUUGCUCCAGCGAUGCCCCACCCUCAGGACGCUGACAGAUAAGAGGUCCCGCCCCCCCUACCAGCUGGUCCAGGAGAGCAGCCCUGUGCGGGAGAUGCUGAGACCCCUUGAUGAUUGACAGACAUCGCACACCUGAGUCACCCCUGCAAAAGACUGUCUCACCACCACAGAUGGCCACAAACGGUCAUGCAGAGAUCGGCACUAUGAGUGGUGGUGACACUGAGCCAGUGCAGUCAGAAGUGAAUAGAAGGAUUUACAUUUGGCUUCCAGAGCUACGAUAUGCUACAGUCUGUGUGUUGUGAACUGAGAGGAAAGGAACACUCAAAUGAUUUUAGAGAUAAUGCAGCGGAAUAAAUUGAGAAGCGCUUCUGAAAAAUACAUUUUUUUAAUUAAAAGCAUUUAAAGUAACUUGGAGCACUGUUAAGAUGUUAAGGAAGGCCUUUGCACCAUGUUGUAUUUUUGAUUGGGGCUGUUUGCAUGGCAGACUCCAGUUAAAAACAUUACAUGGUUUUUAACUGCAGUAGUCCAUUCAUCAACCAGCAGAGGGCAGCGCUCGCUUAGACAUCGUAGGCUUUUUAGCUUGCCUCAAACACUGAGAAAACAGAUGCUGCACUUGACAGUCAGGCCCUGACAGCAACAUCAGCGCAGUGAAACAGCAGGCUUUACAAGCUCAAUAUGGCUAUGGAUAACUGGAGUAGCAGACUGCAAACUCUGUUUGUCAGGAUGUGCUUCGGUGAUUGAUAGACCUAAGGGGUGUACGUCUGUGAAAAAGAUUUACCGGAAAACAGACGAACAGUCCAAAAAAUCAAUUGGCUGGGAGCUGAACAGCACUUCGAGCCUCUGUUUUUGUACAUAUUGUAAAAUAAAAUAAAAACUUUCACAUGGCAAGAGAACA